AUGUAUAAGAGCCAACCUAAAGAAGCGAAACCAAAAGUAACAAAUAAUUCUGGAAAAUCUUCAAGAAAUCAAGUCGGUUCUAUGUCACACAAUAAAAAAAAAUUUUUGCUUUCUGGUUUGAAGUUCAUGGAAUCUGAAAGUGAACCUGAAGGUUCAAUAGAAAUCAUAUUUCAUGUGCAUUUGCCAAAGAUUCGCUACGGGGAACCUGUCAUAGCUGGUAGUAUAGAGGAACUUGGUAAUUGGCGUGAACCUAAAGUUAAACUUAAACAAUACAAUAAUCGUGUUUGGAAACAUACAUCUUAUUGGUAUUCAGAGCCCAUUCGUAUCCCGAUCAAUAGAUAUAAGUACGCAGUAUAUUUAUAUAACUUUAAAUUUGAAGGAUUUGGUCAGGAGGACGAUCGUGUGUUAGAUAUUCGAAGUAAUAAUACAUUUGAUAUUUGGAAAAGAAAUUCAACUUAUAAUAUUAACCAAAUCACUGAUUAUAUGUUCUUGGAUGUCAUUUAUGAAUCCGUAACGUUAGAAAACAUCAAGGAUAUUACUUUAGACUAUUCUAGUAUCCUAGAACAGCAUCACGAAUUAACUUUGUCCGUAACGAAUAUUCAGUUUAUUAGCAAUCGCGUAUCAGAUGCUUCUAUUGGUAAACUUCUUUUCUUAUGCUUUCUUUUAGGACAUUGUCCUAAUACUUAUGGAAGUUUUGAAUUACCAAGAGAGUUUCAAUCUAUUCCCUUGCUACAAGCUUUCUUCACGGUUCAUUCGGACACAUUUCCAACUUCUUGUUGGCAGUUUGUGUUUAAAGGAGUUGAACAUUUAAUUCAUCACAAUAUUAUUAAUGGAUUAUCCGAAUGGCUCAAUAUCUUCACCAUUGCACGAGAUAUCGAUCCUCAAUAUAAGUUCAUCGACACAAUAACUUUUGCUAAAUGUAAUGAUGACAAAUAUAUCAAAGAUUAUUUUGAAAUCAUACAGAAGCAUGAAUUUGAUGAAAAUAUUCAUAUGAAAAUCAUCAAGUGGUUAAUGAGUCAAUGCAAAAACUUGAAAACCUUAGCAAUCGUUUGGCGAUCUUCAGAUAAAAUUGACAAGCAAUGUCUGAUGAGAAAUAUUGAGAAAAUUAUGUCUGAAGAUGACCCUGUUGAUUUUACCGAGCUUCCUGAUGACAUUAGAGAUAUAGUCACUAGGAAAAGAGUAAGUUUGUUAAAUGGUCGUCGUGCUAUUUGGGAUGUUUCCAAUUCCCAAUCGAUCUUUGAUCUUUUAAAUUCUGUACGAUUACGCUGGACAAAGGAUGAAUAUAUAGUUGUAUUGGAAAAAGUGUCUACUUUAGAAGAUUAUCAGCUAUUAAGCGUAUUUCCAUCAUUACUUAAAAAUUGGAUUGAAAUGUCUAAUGUAAUUGAUGAUAAAAUGGCUCAAUUAUGUACUAAAUGGUACAAGAAGCUUAUGGAUAUAAUGGAUCAAAUGUCCAAUUCAACGGGUCAUAAAGGAGAAUAUGUGACCGCAGUUUUUGAGAAACUGUCAAACAUCUGUUCAUUAGUAAAUAAACAAUCCAUAUUGGAUGAGAUAAUGGAAAUAACGUUCAAUCGUAUUAGACGGUCUUCAGAAAAAUCAAUUUUCGCUACCACCACCAAUAUUGUAAAAUUUGGUUCAAUUGCGGUACGUGUAUUUACAAAAGUUAUUAAAGAAAAAAUUGAUUCAAUGGAACUAGUUCGAGAUCAACCUAUAUUAAAGAAAAUGCAAGCGAUUUGUGGUUGUACUGGUAAAAGUCUAGAGAUUCCAAAUGAGUAA